CUCCGAAUUAACAACUUGGCCAUUGUGUUGGAAAGCUUCAUUUGUAUCUCAAUCUUUAAUAAUAAUUUGGUUCAACAUGAUCUAUAAUACAAGCUUAAGCAUUAUAACUUUGUGCAUUUUAACAAUUAUCCAAGCAUCCUUGUCGCUUCAUGAUGAGGUUGUGUCCAAAGAAAAUGAGACAACAAUAGUUACAAAUGGGACAAGCCAGAUAACCCAGGGAAAGGCACUGGAAAAACAUAUUGUGUUUCCUUCUGAAGAAAAUUCGAUCACACCUAAAACAGCUAAUAGUAGUUCCGUAAAUGCCACAAAUCAGACUGAAAAACUACCGGAUGGGCACAAUAGGGAUAAACGACAUGGUGGUGGUGCAGACGCAAUUGUAAUUGUGAUAAAAAAAAAAGGAGGUGGUGGUGGUAAAGGAUUUGGUGGUGGAUAUGGAGGUAUGUUUUUACGUCACAUACUUUAUUUACUGAGAGUCUUAAUUAAUUUUCCCUAUAGGAUACGGUGGUGGGGGUAAGGGGGGUGGAUUCGGGAGUUACGGAGGUGCGUAAAUUAUAACGCCAAUGUUAUGUUAUAUAGAUCUACUCAUCCUCAGUGUUUUAGUAUCCUCAUACCUCUGAAUAUAUCGUCAGUUGUCGUUUUUUUGAACAUACAGCCUAUUUAAAAAGCUGCAAGAUCAACUUAGAGUCAGAUCCAGGGACAAUUUAUAGAAUUGCCAAAAUUGGUUUACAGUUCCUUUGAUACGGAAUAUUUCUAGAUUUUGGCGAUCAUUACCUCAGUUUAUAAUUUUUUUUAUUAAUUUUCCCUAUAGGAUACGGUGGUGGGGGUACGGGGGGUGGAUUGGGGAGUUAUGGAGGUGCGCAAAUUAUAACGCCAAAUCAUUUGGCCCAAAUGUUAUAUUACACAGAUCUACUCAUCCUCAGUGUCUUAGUAUCCUCUUACCUCUGAAUAUAUCGUCAGUUGUCGUUUUUCGAACAUGCAGCCUACCUAUUUGAAAAGCUGCAAGAUCAAAUUAGAAUCAGAUCCAGGGACAAUUUAUAGAAUUGCAAAACUUGAUUUACAGUUCUUUUGAUACGGAAUAUUUCUGGAUUUUGGCGAUCAUUACCUCAGUUUAUAAUUUUUUAAAUUAAUUUUCCUUAUAGGAUACGGUGGGGGGAA